AUGCCAAUUGAAAAGGAUUUAAAAACAGCGUAUGGCGUUCUUUAUGACGAUAAAGAACCAGAAAAAGCCUUGGGGAUAUACGACUCUGUGCUUAAGCAAUCGCCCACUAACUUGACAGCACUCGUAUACAAGGCAGCUUGUCUUGAAAAACUUUAUUUUGGUGCUGUGGACUGGCACAAUGAACAAACGCUAGAAAAUGCAUUUGAGUUACUCCAAAGUGGCCAAGAUGUCGCCAUGAAGCGUGGGGACCGAUCGAAAUUGGCGUGGGUCAAAUUUCGCAUUUUCACUCAUUUUUACAACAGAAAGAAUUACCCAGAAGCGGAACGAUACUUCAACGAGUCAAAGCAUCUGGGCUAUGACGAUCCGACGCUUCCUUUGUGGCAGGCGAAUUUGACCAAAAAGCUCGCAAAACUGCAGAAACGCAAAAAAAACUUGGCUCAGAAAGAAGAACCACAUAUAGAUGCGUUGAACGCCAAUGAAGAAAAGCUAGUCCUAACAGCUCCCGUAGCAUCUGUACCGGCUGAGGAACCUUCUGGCUCACCAACUUUUAAAGUGGACUGGUACCAGUCGCCCACACAUGUGACAAUUGUGCUUUUCACGGCAAACAUGCCCCAUUCGAAGGACGACGUUACUGCGAAAGUUAGCGAAGAGGGCCGGCACCUUGAUGUUUCUUUUCAGACGGCGUCCACCGGAUCUGAAUUUCAAUACUCCACUGACCUGUUUCACCCUGUCAAUCCGGCUGCGGUAACCACAUCUGUAUUCUCUAAGAAAAUUGAGAUCAGUUUGCAGAAGGAAACCAAGCAACAGUGGAAGCAGCUUGAACGCUCGGAAGAAACUCCAAAUGUGAUCACCAAUACCGUGCGAACCGAGUCUGUAACACAAAAUGUAUCAGGGUUACGAUAUCCGACCUCUUCUAAAAAAACAAUUGACUGGUCAAAGUUCGAAAUCGACGACGAUACACAAGAACAGGAAAACUCCGCUGAUGCCUUCUUCCAACAGUUGUACGCUAAUGCAGAUCCUGAUACUAGGAGAGCAAUGAUGAAAUCUUACGUUGAGAGUAAUGGGACUGCUUUGAAUACUAAUUGGACCGAGGUUUCCGAGAAAACUGUAGAAACCAGACCACCAGAGGGCCUCGAGCUCAAAAAACUUUAA